ACCCAUCUCUGCAUACAAACUAAAGAAACACUUAUUACACACAAACCAAACAAAACCAUCAUCAAUGGCAUCCAUGUCUGGUUUCUUCUUCAAAACCCAACCCCAAAUCCACUCCUUCCCCAAAACCCAGAAAGCCCAUUUCACCACCUCUCUCAAACUGCCCUCCCUCAAAAAAACCCGACCCACGACCCGAAUCUCAUCCGGGUUGAUCGACCCGGACGGCGGCAAGCUGGUCGAGCUGAUCGUAAAAGAAUCAGAACGAGAUUUGAAGAAGGCCCAAGUGGGUAAUUUGCCCCAGAUAAAGCUGUCCAAGGUGGAUGUGGAGUGGGUUCAUGUGCUGAGUGAAGGUUGGGCCAGCCCAUUAAAAGGGUUCAUGAGAGAAUCCGAGUUCCUCCAAACUCUUCAUUUUAAUUCCAUCAGAUUGGAUGAUGGGUCGCUGGUUAAUAUGUCUUUGCCUAUUGUUCUUGCUGUGGAUGAUGCUCAGAAGAAUUUGAUUGCCGGGUCGGGUUCUGUUGGGCUUCUUGAUUCGGGUGGUAACCCGAUUGCUAUUUUAAACAAUAUUGAGAUUUACAAGCAUAACAAAGAAGAAAGAAUAGCAAGAACUUGGGGUACAACUGCCCCUGGUCUGCCCUAUGUUGAGGAAGCCAUAAAGAACUCUGGGAACUGGCUGCUUGGAGGUGACUUAGAGGUUAUAGAACCAAUCAAGUACCAUGAUGGUCUAGAUCGUUUCCGUCUAUCCCCUGCUGAACUCCGCGAAGAAUUCACUAGAAGGAAUGCUGAUGCCGUGUUUGCCUUCCAGCUGAGGAAUCCCGUGCACAAUGGUCAUGCUUUGCUGAUGACUGACACACGUCGUAGGCUUCUUGAUAUGGGCUACAAAAAUCCAGUCUUGUUGCUUCAUCCAUUGGGAGGCUACACAAAGGCAGAUGAUGUUCCUCUUACAUGGCGAAUGAGGCAACACGAGAAGGUGCUCGAAGAUGGUGUGCUUGAUCCAGAGAACACUGUUGUUUCCAUAUUCCCUUCCCCCAUGCAUUAUGCUGGUCCGACUGAGGUGCAGUGGCAUGCAAAAGCUCGAAUCAAUGCAGGUGCUAACUUCUACAUUGUUGGUCGUGACCCUGCUGGCAUGGGCCAUCCACUGGAGAAAAGAGAUCUGUAUGAUGCUGACCAUGGGAAGAAGGUUUUGAGCAUGGCUCCAGGCCUGGAGCGGCUAAACAUCCUUCCAUUUAAGGUGGCAGCAUACGAUAAAACUCAGGGUAAAAUGGCAUUCUUUGAUCCAUCAAGGGCAGAAGACUUUAUCUUCAUUUCCGGCACCAAGAUGCGAACUCUUGCUAAGAAUAAGGAGAGCCCUCCAGAUGGUUUCAUGUGCCCCGGGGGUUGGAAAGUGUUGGUGGACUACUAUGAUAGUUUGUCUCUCAGUGAAACUGGAAAAGUGCCAGAACCUGUUCCAGUUUAAAGGAAUGAAAUUCGUCGAAAUGUAAUUUGAUUCCAUUUGCCGGAAUCGGCAAAACGAGUUCUCUCUCAUCACUUCAGAAUUAGUCAUAGCAAACCUCCGGGAGAUGGAAUAUUACCUUGCCUCCAUUUAGUGUGUAUAAUUAUUUGUGCAAGGUUUAUGCCGCGAACAAAGUUCAAUUCUAAUUAUGGGCCAUAGAGAUGAUGUUUUGAGAAUUCCUUCACAUUAUGAGAGUAUAGAGUUUUAAUUUA